AAUUUGUAUGUUCUUUCAAAUCAAUAUGUAAGUGAACAUAAAUCAAAAUUCUCUUGUUUUUAAUUUCGUUUGAAAUGGAGUUUGGCCCCCAAGUGCCUGAUCUGGACGUGCUUAUAGUGGGUGCCGGUCUCUCGGGUCUAACGUCCGGCAUAAAAAUUCUAUCCAAGGAGCAUGCACUCAACCUACGCAUCAUCGAAGAGAGCAGUGUACCUGGGGGACAGAUCGCAAUGCAGGGUGUGCGCUUCGUGAACAACGAGCAAAAGGAGCUGAUUACAUUUAUGGACCAAUUGAAGGUGCCGCUGGAGCAGCGACAACUCUAUCCGGAUGUUUCGCUCAAGCGCUGCUGGGACAUCGAUCGGGGGCUGAUAGGUGCGCUGGCCAAGUUCGAACUGUAUCGCUAUAUAGAAAUGCUGGAGAUGCGUGUGAACAAGUUUAGCUCGACGAAAUUUCGAUCAUUCAAACGAGUGCAAAAUAUGGAGCGGCAUAUUUGCUCGAAUCUAUUCUUCAGCAUUUCACGACAGUUCAUGUACAAUAUAGUGGAGCUGAUCGGUGGCCGAGCUGCCAGCAAUAUAAACUACGAUGAGUUCAUGUGCAUAUGCAACUCGUGUGGCGGAUUGAAGACGCUCAUAGAUAUCUUCUUUGUUGUGCCCCCGUAUCUGUUGGAUCUGCCCUGCGAGCGGGUGAUGGACGUUUUGCUGAAGCGGCUCGCCUAUACGGAAAUUCAUUACAAUGUACGCGCUACUCGAGUGCAGCACUUCAAGAACUAUGUCUCGGUGCGGGAUUCAAUGGGCACUGAGCAUGUAGCUCAAGCUGUCAUACUAGCCAUACCUUGGAACAAAGUGCUGCAGCUGGAGUUUGAUCCACCGCUACCUAAGCAGUUUGUAACAAAGAAUCGGCAAAAAGUGAAGUCCAGCAGACAAAUUACGCAAUUUAUGGUGUUCUACAAUAAGUCUUAUUGGUAUUACCAAGGAUUUUCGGGGCAUUUCAUGAACUCACUGCCACUGGUAAUAGGCUUCGAACUGCGACCCACUAUCUACUGUGGCUACAUGUUGCACACACCGGAUGAACUGAGCAAGGUGCGCGACACUGUGCUGGAGCUGCUCGCUGAGAAGUUUGGCAAGGAAAUGUUGACUCCCAAGCACUAUGAGCAGAAAACUUAUGAUCUCAAUGAGCCGAUGGACAGGCCGCUAAUCAAGCCCUGGCAUAGAGUAAUUUGGUCCAGUUCUAGCGCUGUCAUAUACAAUCGAAACCUCAUGGGCGGAGCCGUAGAGAGCGGCAUUAGGGCGGCAAUCAAUGCGUUGUUUGUGGUGCGACCUCAGGUGGUCGGCUGGCGUGAUCUGUUGGAUGUGCAGGAGAAGAAUAUUCUUACUGGUGACGAGAGCGGUUACACUGCAGCGCUGCUUGGCCGAUUGAAUAUUUAUAAUGUCACUUUCUAUAGCAUUUUCAUUGUAGGCAUCAUUUACUUUCUCAAUCUUGGCUAUAGUCGUACAAAUUAAACUGGUUUAAGCAG